AAAUAGCACCUCUCGCCUACUGACUUCAGCUGCAUCGCAUCCCACCUCGCCAGCUUCCCAUUGCCCCAAUUGCCCCAAUCCAUCGCUCCAAUGGCCCGCAAGGCAGCGCAAAAGGCCCCUCCCCCCGCUACGCCCCUGGACGGGUGCUCCGUCGCGACAUCCGGCCGUUUCCCCGGAACAUCGCAGUCGGCACUACAGUCGCGCCUAACGUCACUGGGUGCGGCGAUCGCAUCCAGCGUCACGGCAAACACGACCCAUCUCAUUGCGACGGACAAGGACUUUGAGAGCAACUCGACCAAGGUCAAGGCCGCAGCCGCGAACAGCGUGCCCGUCGUGACGAUUGAAUGGCUGGACGAGUGCGAGACGACAGGCUCCAAGGUCGAUGAGAAACAGUACUUGCUGUCGUCUGCCCCAGCACCUGCGCAGAAUGGCUCAAAGAAACGCGCUGCAUCUUCAACACCGCCAGUCCCGUCGCAGGAUAAGCGACCGAAGAUCAAAGAGGAUGCCAAGGUGGGCGACGGCCAAAACGCAAAAUCAAAAACAAUUGCCAUUUCCAUAGACGAGUAUUGCCCUCUUACGCACUAUGAAGUGUACAUUGACCCCGACGGCACGAUAUAUGACGCCUCGCUCAAUCAGACCAAUGCUGGGGCAAACAACAACAAGUUCUACAAAUGCCAGCUUCUUACCAAUGGGUCAGAUUACAAAACUUGGACUCGCUGGGGUCGCGUCGGUGAGCGUGGGCAGAAUGCCAUGUUGGGAAACGGUACUCUGAGUGAUGCCAUGAAGAAUUUUGAAAAGAAAUUCAGGGACAAAUCAGGGCUCAAAUGGGCGGAUCGCGGCGAGGAGCCAAAGCAGGGAAAGUACGCAUACGUUGAGCGUUCGUACAACCCUGAUUCCGAGGACGAAGACGACGAUGAGCCCGCGGGCGAUGGUGCUGCUGAUGAAAAGAAAGACGUGAAGCCUGCCGAGUGCACCCUUGACACACCUACACAGGAUCUCAUGAAGCUCAUCUUCAACCAGGAUUACUUCAACGCCACCAUGAGCGCUCUGAAUUACGAUGCAAACAAGCUGCCACUGGGCAAGCUGAGCAAAGGAACGAUUGCACGCGGUUUCCAAGCUUUGAAGGAACUGUCUGUGCUUCUAGACCAGACUGAUCCCGGAUCUAUUGCAGAGGUGGAGCGUCUGUCCAACCACUACUUUUCGGUGAUUCCGCACGCCUUUGGCCGCCAGCGACCGCCAGUAAUUCGAGACAACGAUGCCCUUAAGAGGGAGAUUGAGCUACUCGAGAGUCUGUCAGACAUGAAGGAGACUGCUGCCAUGCUCAAGAGCCAGCUGAAGGACGACAGCGGCAUCCACAAGCUCGACAAGCAAUUCCAAGGCCUGGGCAUGAAUGAGAUGACACCGCUUGACCACAGCAGCCAGGAAUUUGUUGAGAUUGACAAGUACCUCAACAAAUCCAAGGGUCCGACACAUGCAGUCAACUACAAUGUACAAGACAUCUUCCGCAUUGAGCGCAAGGGCGAAUUCGAACGCUUCGACAAGAGCAUCUACUCGAAGAUUUCGAGCAACCGCCGCCUCCUGUGGCAUGGCUCGAGGGUCACGAAUUACGGCGGUAUCCUUAGUCAGGGUCUCCGAAUUGCACCUCCCGAAGCGCCCGUGUCUGGGUACAUGUUCGGCAAGGGCAUCUACUUGGCCGACAUGUCGUCGAAAUCGGCGAAUUACUGCGCGUCGUACGACUCUGGGGGAACAGCGCUGCUUCUGCUGUGCGAGGCGGAGCUGGGCAAUCCCAUGCAUCAGCUCACGGACGCAUCGUACACGGCCGGUGAGGAUGCGCGUAACCAGGGCAUGUACAGCACGUGGGGAAUGGGAGAGAGGGGCCCGAAAAAGUGGAAGGAUGCGGGGUGUGUGAAUGGGGCGCUGGCCGGCUGCAUGAUGCCGGAUGUGGCGACAGCACCUGGACCGACGAAUGUGCCUGGAGCGUACUUGAUGUACAACGAGUAUAUUGUGUAUGAUGUUGCGCAGGUCAAGCUGCGGUACUUGCUUCGCGUGCGCAUGUAGAGGCAUGUAGAGCAUGCUAGAGGUAUGUAUGUAUGUAUGUAUGUGUGUGUGGAGUGUGUUUGAGCAGAUGGUUGUCGGGUGCUUGUAGCAUUAGCAAAGGGGAUUCGGCGUUUAGGCCAAAGGGAGCCAUCGGUCGGACAGUCAGUCGGUUAAUGAGUGCUGAGGCUUUAAUCUAGUGCAAUGAAUGUU